AUGAACAUACAUCAACCACUGGCAGCACGACGCUCCUCUGACAAUAUCGAAACCAACACCACGGAGGGAAGCGAACUGAGUGGCGUGAUAGAUCCGAUGGAACUAUCUGCACCAAAAGCGGAGAUUGGGCCAACUGGAAUUAUUUUUGACGCUGCACUCGACGAGGCUCUCGAUUCUGUUCUAAUGAGAACACAUCCACCUUCAAUGGACGCAUACAACCCACCAACUACUACUAUAAGUCACGAAGAGAAGCAGACACUCUACAACACACAAUUAGCGAUGGAAUCAUCGAAGGAACCAUGUAACUGGGUAGCAAACUCAACGGCUCAUCCGUUCGCCAUCUCCCAGAAUCCCUCGCCUAUCGGACUGUCCCCGUCUUUCUUGAAUACUACCCAAAGCGACUACCUCGAGCUUGAUGAGCUGAGAACCGAAAAUUUUGGCCCCAUCGUCGCUUUGUCUCCCACCCCUAAUGAUACAUGGCUUGAUAACAACAGCUGGUUCGCUGGACUGGCCAGCGCUGAGCAGGGGAUGGAGCCGAUGACAGCCGUGACUCUGAUGGGGGAGCCUGAAAAGACAACCCCCAGAAAGCAGCGCGAUGAAUUCGAAUACGUCCUAGGAGGGAUAGGAGGAGAAGUGCCCUUGAUACAGUGA